UCAAGUUUUAAUGAAUAAGUUUUCUUUUAUGAUUUUUUAAUUGGAUUAUUAUUGUCUAGAAAAAUAAGUAAUUUUCUAAUGUGCAGUAUAAAUGGGACCCACAACGUUUGAAGAAAUUUCUAACCCAUUAUCUAUUUGAUUUAGUUGAAUAUUUUUAAAGGAAAAGGAUUUAUUUGAAACUGUUUGAAGCAUGAGACCUAAAUUGUUCUUCCCUAAUAUGUUCAGGGCUUUUCUGUACUUUUUGCCCUUAAUUUUUGUCCAAAGCAGGUGUAACACCCUCCACACAAGAACUGCCUAGCUUAUUCAAAACAGUCCUCCUUUACUCUUUGACCUCUGUUUUCUAUCCAUUAAUUAAAGAUAGAAUAAAAUACAAAACAAAAUCUCCUUUAAUCCUUCAAAUUCAAAAAUCGAAAUCUUUUUAUUUCUUCCCUGUCGAUUUGAAGUUGUGGCGUGUAUUCCAAUGACACACAUUUACGCAUUCACCUAUUAGCACAUGGCUCAUGCCUGCUGCUUACUAUUUCAACUUCAGCUCUUCUACUGGCAUCAAUGAGACAACUCGUUAUAAUAUCUUCAGAGGCUCAGAGUGGCUGUUACUUCAGUUACAACAGCUAGGCUCAAUGGAAUGAUGUUCUGUCAGCAAUUGUCUUAUGAAAAACACAGCAAUGAAUGAGAUUACUUUAUCAUCCAAGUUAUCAAAGAAAUCAAUUUUUCUUUUCACUGUAAUUGGAUUUGGCGUAUACAUUUGCUAUCUAUGCCUUCAGCAGAUCUCCUUUCCUUUAAUAUCAAAAGAAGUAUCAAUCAAGGAUAUCAUGAAGAGUAGUUGUUAUAUCCAUGACAUCCCACCUCAAGAAAUCCACUAUGUGCAUUUUCCAUAUCCCAAGACUUAUAGCAGGGAGGAAUGUGCAUGCACUCCAGUUCGAUUCUUUGUUAUUAUGUCCAUGCAGAGAUCUGGAAGUGGGUGGUUUGAAACUUUGUUAAACAGUCACCCCAAUGUAAGUUCAAAUGGGGAAAUUUUUUCAGUGAAACAGAGAAGAAGCAGUAUAUCAACCAUUCAGGCAACAUUAGAUACUGUCUUUGGCUUAGAAUGGGUCAGUAGCGCUGCAAAGAAUGACUGCAUUGCCGCAGUUGGAUUUAAAUGGAUGCUUAAUCAGGGUGUAAUGGUUUAUCACAGAGAAAUCAUGGAUUAUUUUAAUCAGAAGGGCGUGUCUGUAAUAUUUCUCUUUCGGAAAAAUCUUUUGCGGAGGCUUGUAUCUGUGCUGGCUAAUGCCUAUGAUAGAGAUGCAAAGCAAAUUAAUGGCACCCAUAAGUCUCAUGUGCACACUAGGGAAGAGGCUAAUUUACUUGCAAAGUUUAAGCCUGUACUUAAUAUUAGCGCCUUGAUAUCAGACCUUUCCAGUGCUGAGCAUACCAUGACAGAAGCUUUGGAAUUCUUCAAGAGCUGUCGCCAUUUACUUUUAUACUAUGAGGACCUGAUGAAAAAUCCCAAGGCUUUGUCCGAGGCACAAGAGUUUCUUAGAGUUCCAAUCAGAAAUCUAGUGAGCCAUCAAGUGAAGAUUCAUGUUAAACCGCUUUCUGAACAAAUCUAUAAUUGGGAGGAAGUUUAUAGGACACUUGAAGGAUCAGAAUAUAAGUAUUUCCUAAAUUAUGCAGAUUAUAUUUUGUGAGUUUUCUGUGGUUUCUUGAAAUAUGCACUGUACAUUUCACAAAUAUGAAAUUUCAACAUCUUGUAAUUUGCUAAAUGACGUCUGAAAGGAGAAUAUAUCUUCUGACAA